AUGGCUUUGGCAAAAGGUGUUUUUAUUGUGGCUGCUAAGAGAACUCCUUUUGGUUCGUACGGCGGUAAGUUUGUGAAAACUUCAUCUACUGAAUUGCAAAUAGUAGCUGCAAAAGCUGCACUCGCAGCUGGUAAUGUGGACCCUAAAAUUGUUGAUUCAGUUAUAAUUGGAAAUGUUUUAAUGAACUCGUCUUCAGAUGGUGCAUUUUUACCAAGACAUGUAUUACUCCAUUGUGGAAUCCCACUAGAUCGUCAUGCAUUGGGUGUCAACAGAUUGUGUGGAUCUGGAUUCCAGUCCAUUGUUAAUGGAGCACAGAGUAUCAUGUGUGGUGAAUCUAAUGUUGUGUUGACUGGAGGAGUAGACAGCAUGAGUCAGUCCCCACAUGUUGUUCGUAAUGCCCGUUUUGGUAUACCCCUCGGAGCAUCCUAUGUCUUUGAAGACAGUCUGUGGACUGGAUUAACUGAUACAUAUUGUAAAUUGCCAAUGGCCUUGACUGCAGAAAAAUUAGCUGAAGUGUACAAAAUCACCAGACAAGGAGUAGAUGAAUUUGCUUUGCGUUCACAAACGCUAUGGAAAAAAGCACAAGAUAACAAUGUAUUCAGUGCUGAAUUAGCUCCAGUGACCAUAAAAGUGAAAAGAGCAGAUGUAGUUGUUGAUGUUGAUGAACACCCAAAGCCAAAGACUACUCUUGAAACAUUAGGAAAAUUGCCUACAGUUUUUAAAAAAGACGGAGUUGUAACUGCUGGUUCAGCAUCUGGUAUAUGUGAUGGUGCAGGAGCUGUCAUAUUAGCUAGUGAAGAAGCAUUGAAAAAACAUUCACUCACUCCACUGGCAAGAUUAGUUGGUUACUCAGUAGUAGGUGUUGACCCAAGCAUAAUGGGUAUUGGCCCAGCUCCAUCAAUUUCAAAAUUAUUGAGCCUUUCUGGAAAAACCCUUAAUGACAUUGAUUUAGUUGAGAUUAACGAGGCAUUUGGAGCCCAAACUCUUGCUUGCCAAAAAGAAUUGAAACUUGACAUUGAAAAGCUUAAUGUUAAUGGUGGUGCUAUUGCAAUUGGGCAUCCAUUGGCAGCAUCAGGAGCCAGAAUUACUAGUCAUCUUGUCCAUGAACUAAUUCGUAAAAAUCUUAAAUAUGGAAUUGGUUCUGCCUGUAUUGGAGGAGGUCAAGGUAUAGCUCUCUUGGUUGAGAAAGUAUAA